UCUUUCUCUUUUUUCGUACAGUGUAUAUCUUCUCUUUUUCUCCUUCCUGCCGUAGUAGCAUACAAAACAAAACACAAACAUGGAUGCCAUCAAGAAGAAGAUGCAAGCUAUGAAGCUUGAAAAGGAUAACGCCAUUGACAAGGCCGAUACCUGUGAAAAUCAAGCUAAAGAUGCCAAUGCUCGUGCCGACAAAUUGAAUGAAGAAGUCCGCGAUUUGGAAAAGAAAUUGAUCCAAGUUGAAGCCGAUUUGGUUUCAUCCAAGGAACAAUUGGAAAAGGCCAAUCAUGAAUUGGAAGAGAAGGAAAAAUUGUUGACCGCCACCGAGUCUGAGGUAGCCACCUUGAAUCGCAAGGUCCAACAAAUUGAAGAAGAUUUGGAAAAAUCUGAAGAACGCUCAACCAGCGCCCAACAAAAAUUGUUGGAAGCUUCUCAAGCUGCUGACGAAAACAACCGUAUGUGCCAAGUAUUGGAGAACCGUUCCCAACAAGACGAACAACGUAUGGACCAAUUGACCAACCAAUUGAAGGAAGCCCGUAUGUUGGCUGAAGAUGCCGAUACCAAAUCUGAUGAAGUAUCGCGCAAGUUGGCCUUCGUUGAAGACGAAUUGGAAGUCGCUGAAGAUCGUGUCCGUUCCGGUGAAGCCAAGAUCAUGGAACUUGAAGAAGAAUUGAAGGUUGUCGGUAACUCUUUGAAAUCUUUGGAAGUAUCCGAAGAAAAGGCCAACCAACGUGUUGAGGAGUUCAAGCGUGAAAUGAAGACUUUGACCGUCAAAUUGAAGGAAGCCGAACAACGUGCCGAACACGCUGAGAAGCACGUCAAGCGUCUCCAGAAGGAAGUCGACAGGCUAGAAGAUGAAUUGGGCAUCAACAAGGACAGAUACAAGUCUUUGGCCGAUGAAAUGGACUCCACAUUCGCCGAAUUGGCCGGUUAUUAAACGAAAUUUGUUGGUCUCUCUGUAAUAUGUUUUCCAUCUUGUAAAAAAAAAAUAAUAAUAAAAUUAUAAAAAAAGAACCGAAUCCUAACAACAUCAUCAUUAAGAUAACGCCGUGUAGACAUGAGCGCGCACACACAUUACACACCCACACACGCAAUCAACUCUCCUCGCUACUUUCUAUUCAAGGAGUCAUCGUCUGGAUAG